GCGGAAGCUCGUUGUAGGACCUCCCGACCUCCUAUAAAAGGCAAACGAUGGGGAAGAGAGGAAAGGCAUCGGAAGGCGUCUUCGUAAACGCCGGCCGGCCCUUCAAUUCUGUCUCCUUCUCUCCCUCCCUCUCUUCCCUUCUCGUCCUCUUCUUGGCCUUCUCUUCUCGGUGGUUCCUCGCUUCUCGUAAGAAUCGAAGAUGAGGGAGUGCAUCUCGAUCCACAUCGGCCAGGCCGGGAUCCAGGUCGGCAAUGCCUGCUGGGAACUUUACUGCCUCGAGCACGGCAUCCAGCCUGAUGGCCAAAUGCCGAGUGACAAGACUGUUGGGGGAGGUGAUGAUGCAUUCAACACCUUCUUUAGUGAGACUGGUGCAGGAAAGCAUGUUCCCCGUGCUGUGUUUGUUGAUCUUGAGCCCACUGUGAUUGAUGAGGUGAGGACCGGAACAUACCGCCAGCUCUUCCACCCAGAGCAGCUCAUCAGUGGCAAGGAAGAUGCUGCCAACAACUUUGCCCGUGGCCACUACACCAUUGGCAAGGAGAUUGUUGAUCUCUGCCUGGAUCGCAUUCGGAAGCUAGCUGACAACUGCACUGGCCUCCAAGGCUUCCUUGUCUUCAAUGCUGUUGGUGGAGGGACUGGCUCGGGCCUUGGCUCUCUUCUCCUCGAACGGUUGUCGGUUGACUAUGGGAAGAAGUCGAAGCUCGGGUUCACUGUUUACCCUUCACCCCAGGUCUCCACCUCUGUUGUUGAGCCAUACAACAGUGUCCUGUCAACCCACUCCCUCCUUGAGCACACUGAUGUUGCUGUUCUGCUUGACAAUGAGGCCAUCUACGACAUCUGCAGGCGCUCCCUUGACAUCGAGCGCCCCACCUACACGAACCUCAAUCGCCUGGUCUCUCAGGUGAUUUCUUCUCUGACUGCCUCCCUGAGGUUUGAUGGUGCCCUGAAUGUUGAUGUCACGGAGUUCCAGACCAAUUUGGUUCCCUACCCAAGGAUCCACUUCAUGCUUUCUUCAUAUGCUCCCGUCAUCUCCGCUGAGAAGGCCUACCAUGAGCAGCUCUCCGUUUCUGAGAUCACUAACAGUGCCUUUGAGCCAUCUUCUAUGAUGGCCAAGUGUGACCCACGCCAUGGUAAGUACAUGGCUUGCUGCCUCAUGUACCGCGGUGAUGUUGUGCCCAAGGAUGUGAAUGCUGCAGUUGCCACAAUCAAGACCAAGCGCACCAUCCAGUUUGUUGACUGGUGCCCGACCGGCUUCAAGUGUGGCAUCAACUAUCAGCCACCCACUGUGGUUCCUGGUGGAGAUCUUGCCAAGGUGCAGAGGGCAGUUUGCAUGAUCUCCAACUCCACCAGUGUUGCUGAAGUGUUCUCUCGCAUCGAUCACAAAUUUGAUCUCAUGUAUGCGAAGCGCGCAUUUGUGCACUGGUAUGUUGGUGAGGGCAUGGAGGAGGGAGAGUUUUCUGAGGCUCGUGAGGAUCUUGCUGCAUUGGAGAAGGAUUAUGAGGAGGUCGGUGCUGAGUCUGCUGAGGGUGAGGAUGGCGAUGAAUUCGAUGAGUAUUAAGGGCUACUUCCUCUGGGUGUUUCUUAUCAAAUCUAUGUUGCUUUCUGUUGGUGGUGUUUCGAUUAUGUGUGCGCUGGUAGCAUAUCUUCUGGUUAUGUUACUGGUCUGUGCUGAAAACUAAAGUCCUGUAACAUCUGCUGCUUUGCUGUUUUUGUGAAGUUUUACAAACACAGCUACUGCUUUGCUGUUUUAGUUCUGGAACCAAUCUACCAAGUAUUAUUUGGAGGUACCAUGGUCA